AUGCGCCAACAUCUUGAGCACAUCACCUUCAUGCAUAACUACAACAUCGCCCACCUGGAUAUCUCAUUGCAUAACAUAUUGACAGAUGACGAGUCGCGUUAUGCCUGCAUCGACUUCGAAACAAGUCGUCGCUUCAGCGGCAUAGGCACUCCACGGAUCCGAGCCCCCCGUGCAGCUGAGCUUCCUCCAGAGGUCGAAGAAGGCGGGUGGAGUGAUCCGUAUAAGAUUGAUAUAUGGGCAUCUGGAAUGCUCAUCCUUCGAGCAGCGAAAGUGGGUUCUAGAUUUCUCAACAUACAUAAUGAAUCUUCACCGUUCAAGCAGAUGACGGGCAAUGACUUUCCCGAGCUAUCAUCAGUUGUGUCACCGAUGCUGCGCGAUGCAUAUGAGCAGCGUCCCACUGCAAAGGAAGCACUAGCAUCAUUCGACGCCAUGGUUUGUACGAUCAGGAAGGAUAGGUUGGAUUCUUAUGGCUCUUGCCAAUAG